UUUUUUUUGGCUAUUUUUGCGUCCGCGGCGGGAUUUGUUGUUGUGUCUUUGAUCGAUCAAUCAGUGUGGACGCAUCACAUGUGGACACAUAUGUGCCAUUGUCAACGUCCACAGCGACGACGGUAUAAAAUCUUGCAACACGACGCCCGUUUUUUAAAUUAUUAUUACCAUCUGUAUCUAUGUUUGUAUCAUCUCCCGACCAAGGUACAGCCUUAUGCACUCCACCAUCUCCCUCGAAACCCCGUCGCCGUCGUCCAGUGCCGCUACGGCUACAAGGAAUUGGUGUUGAUCCGAGCCUUCUUGUCGGCAAGGUUUUAAGGAGACUCAGUCGUUCUUCGAAGCAUCCCACUUUGACCCUUGACUUCUCGGACAACACUACGUUUCAAAUUCUUGUUGAUGGUUAUGACCCUGUUCACAGAGGUCUCCCAAAAGAACUUGAAAUGGACUCGUCUCUAGAGCAGCUUCUCAAUACACCUACCAAGCAAGCGCUCGUAGAGUGGACAAUUGAAGAUUGCGCUCUCAUAACCUUGACAGACAAGGCAUUCGAGUCGAGAGAGAGGGAACAACGGUGGGACCAAAAUCAUUCCGGAGUCGCGUUUCGCUUCUCUGAAGAUCGGAUGUGGCAUUGCGUCUGGGCCACAUUGACCGAUCAUGACGACGGCACAUGCGUAUUUCGCAGCUACGAUGAUGUGUAUAUUGAUCAACUACAUCGGUCUCCUCGAAAACGUCGCGCACACGUACCCGACUCUCCCAUAGAUCUUCGCUGAUUUAUGUGAGCGUCACAUCAAUGAAGUCGCUCCUAGCAUGAGGUUUCCAAAAUAAAAGAUAUUUUACGUCUUCUCCACACACACAUACUAGAUCUUACAUCUGUACCACCCACUACUGUAUCUCGUAUACUCCAUCGGAUUACGCACCGUGCAAUUUCAAGGAUGACGAUCAUCUCAUGGACUCCAUGUUGUGAGGGAAAUAAGAAGUGUAGGCGUCAGUGUGCGUCAAUGAAACAAGCGAAUCACAGUCCUGAGUCGGUGGGUGGCCUUUCCCAACCUAUGCUCGAUCCGCGAUCCACACAUAGCCAUAAAACGAAUUUUGAGCCCAUGAUCGCACAUACCAUUCCCGGUCUGCUACAUUAUGAA